GGUGUCUGGUAGCAUGAAGGGUGUAUGUAAAGUGGUCAGCAAUGAGGCGGCAACCUGUGCAAAACCAAACAAUUUAUAGAAGAUGUUCGAUCCACCCAAUUGUUCAAAUAACAGAGUUUACACUGACAUGUUCUUAAUGAGUAUUUAAACAGUUGAAGAUUUAAAGUUAACAAUAACGGGAGAGCUUAAGGCAACCUGAGACCGUCUUACGUGUACCAUUCCACCGUUUAACUUCACGCCCACCGAUGGGUAGAUAAUAGUGGUGUUACAUUUUCAGUCGCCCAGUCUCCAUGUGUUCAUCUUUUGACUCUAACCACCGACAGAAGGAAUUAUUUAGGACGUAUUCACAUUGUGAAGUUAAUUUAGCUACAUAAACGAAGAAAAAAGCUUGUGGGAAUGGGAACUUUUCUCAACGGCCUUUGAAUUCCUUGGUCAGGAGCUCUUGAGACUGAAAGAAGGAUGAUAAGGGUUAAUCCUGUGAAUUGCCCCCUAGAUUGAAAUGGAUAUGAAGAAGGACCAAGAUGCCCCUUCACCCUUUUCUUUCCAUAGAUGUGUCGUACCGGCGUUCAUCUUCAUCUUUCUCUUGCUGGGGGUGUUCAUUGGUCUUUUGAUUGCGUACUUGGUACAAGAGCAGCAUUAUUUCAUGGAGACGGUGGAAUUGAAAGGUCUUAAAUAUGACACUGAUCUUCAAGAUGACUCAUCAACUUUCUCUGAGGUGUUAUCAGCCACCCUGAAGAACAAGAUAAAACAUAUCUUCCUUUCCUCAUCAUUAGCGAAUCAUUUUGUUGAUUGUCAAAUUGUCGCUUAUGGAAACAUCAAAGGAGAUACGAUGGCAACAUUUCGACUGGUCUUUAGUGUAUCCAAGGCCCAACAGUACUCCAACGUACACAUUCAGGAGCUGCUGAGAGCAGGCCUGCAGACGCUGUUCAAUGGGAAGACACUAACAGUACCAAAGUUUGGAGAAAUUCACAGCAUCACACUUCUUGGGGCCAGUGGAAAGUCUUUUUACAACAUUGGAGAUGACACAAACAUCUGCCCCAGUAACACUUUCGUCUGUCUCAAUGGAGAGUGUGUAACCAAGCGGAACCCAGAGUGUGACUCCAUUCCUGAUUGUGAUGAUGGUUCUGAUGAAGCUGAUUGCUCCUGUGGCAACCGUCCAGCCAUGGGCACUCGUGUGGUUGGGGGUGACGAUGCUCGCCGUGGAGAGCUGCCCUGGCAGGUCAGCCUUAGGUUACAUGGCCGUCACACCUGUGGGGCGUCUAUCAUCAACAGCCGCUGGCUUGUAAGCGCUGCCCACUGCUUUGAAAGUGAGAAGGACCCCAAAGUCUGGACAGCACUUCUAGGGGCCAGUCUGGUGGAUGGAGAGGAAACAGAGGUUGCCACGGUGAACAUCAAGUCCCUGAUUGUGUCUCCAGGUUACAACCCCAUGACCACUGACAACGAUGUGACCGUGCUGGAACUGGAGAGCCCCAUAACCUUCAACCAGUAUGUGCAGCCAGUCUGUCUGCCCUCCCCAGCGCACCUCUUCAGUCCUGGGCAGAAAUGUAUGGUGUCCGGCUGGGGUGCUCUCAAUAUGUUCAACAAUGACGUACCUCCUGUGCUUCAGAAAGCAGUGGUGAAAAUCAUAGACUCGAGGAUCUGCAAUAAAUCAUCUGUAUACCAAGGAACUAUCACACACAACAUGAUGUGUGCUGGCUUCUUGCAAGGAAGAGUAGACUCCUGCCAAGGUGACUCAGGAGGGCCGCUGGUGUGUGAGGAGUCUCCCGGCCGGUUUUUCCUGGCUGGUGUGGUGAGCUGGGGAGUGGGCUGUGCUCAGGUCAACAGGCCAGGGGUUUACUCACGAGUCACUAAGCUACGCAACUGGAUCCUACACUACGCCAACCCAGACCAAAUCCAGAUCUCCUCAGCUCUGCCGAAUGCUACUCGUGUUCUUGAGUACAUGCCAAAAACGCCAUCCUCACCUCUCAUUACGACAGGAAACAACUGCAGUGGUGCCUUUAACUGUGGGUCUGGAAAGUGUGUUGUCAAAAUAAACCCUGAAUGUGACAACGUCCCUGACUGCCCAAAUGAAUCAGAUGAAAGGAACUGUGACUGCGGGAAGCGCCCUGCAGAGCGGCAUGAGCGGGCGGUGGCAGCGGUGGCAGCAGUGGCGGCGGGGUCAGCUCAGCGGGGAGAGUGGCCGUGGGUGGGCAGUCUACUGUUCCAGCGCUCUCAUCGCUGUGGAGCCACACUUAUUCACAGCAAAUGGCUUCUGACUGCAGGGCACUGCUUCAACAGGGAUUUGAGCCCAAAUGGCUGGUCGGUGAGUUUGGGCUCAGUGUUUCAUCCUGGACUGGGUGCCCUAGUAAUACCGGUGCAGCGGAUCAUCAUCCAUACUGGCUAUAACAGCACCAGCAAGGACUUCGAUGUGGCUCUGGUAGAACUGUCUAUCCCAGCCCCGAGGUCCUACACCAUACAGCCUGUUUGCCUGCCGUCACCUCUCCAUGUCUUCAAUGAGAACACAGAAUGCUACGUCACUGGAUGGGGAGCGAUGGCCGGCAAAGGCAAACAAGCCAGUCUGCAGAAAGUCAGAGUCCACAUUAUUGACCAGACAGCGUGCCAGGGGUCCUAUGCUGAAGGUCUGCCAGACAGAAUGAUAUGUGCUGGAUCCAUGGAUGGUGACAGAGAUGUGUGCCUGGGAGGACUCGGGGGUCCCCUUACAUGCCGGGAGCAUCUUGGUCGCUGGUUUGUGGCUGGGGUGGGCAGCUGGGGCCAGAGCUGUAGACAGAGUGGCUUCCCAAGCGUUUCUGUACGCGUUACAGCCAUCAGGGAAUGGAUAUCAAAAUACCUUCCAUUUUAAGGUCGAUGUGGAUGCUAUACUACAACGGCCAUUAUACUGUGGGAAUUUCUCACUUAGCUCACUCACUGAAUUUGCUCUGACCACUUGUGAAUCAAUGUUUUUGCCUUGUUGUAAUGCAGUUACAGAGCAUCUACUAUACUGUAAAAACAUGUAUCUCUUAUUUAUUAAUUCUCCAUAUGAAGUCAGUCUUGUUAACAUUAUCAGCUCUGGAUAUAAUGCAUCUGUAUCAAUAUGACAUCAGAUUUUGGUACUCAGGAUGUAGGAAUCAAAGGGAUUUUUGUGGUGCUCUCAUAAUAUAAUUGUAAUCACUGUGUUGGUGUUUGAUGAUAAUAAAUUAGUUUAAGGAUGUUUGUUAUGAAAAUGUUAUUUAUUAAACUGUAACAUUUACCAUUACAUCUUAUCCUUCAUUUUUCAAGACAGUUAUUUAUUUAACAUACAUGUUUUUGUUAAAGAGGUAGUGCACACUUUUUUUAAGCUGUAAACUAAAUAUGACCGAACU